UAUAAAUAUAUAUACAUAUUUAUACACAACACAAAUUCACAAUAUAUAUAAAAAAUGACUAUUGGCGUUCCCAUUAAACUUCUCCAUGAAGCACAAGGUCACAUCAUUACUUUAGAAUUAAAGACAGGACAGCUUUAUCGUGGAAAAUUAUUAGAAGCCGAAGAUAACAUGAAUGUUCAAUUAAAAGAUAUUACAGUGACUGCACGCGAUGGCCGAGUUUCACAAUUGGAUCAAGUUUAUAUUCGUGGAUCUCACGUUCGAUUCUUUAUUGUACCUGAUAUGUUGAAGAAUGCUCCCAUGUUUAAAGGAGCUGGUCCUGGUGGCCUUAAAGGAAGAGGUAUUGGCUUGGGUAGAGGAAGAGCUACUGUUGCACGUGCUCAACAAGCAAGAGGAAGAGGUCGUGGAUUUAGAGGACGUGGUGCCCCACCUAGAUAUUAGAUGGAGCAUUAUUGUUUUAUUUUGAUUAUAUAUAUUGAAGGCUAUCAAGAAGGUGCAUAAAUAAUUCAGUAAAUAUACACAGCAAAAGAAUUAUUAAAAGAAAAAAAAAUACAUAAACAUUUUAUAUAUGGAUGUAA